CCCCUUCCCUUUGGAAUUCUGGCUCUGCUCUCAGCUCAGGCCCUUCUUCCUGCCCACUUCUCCACCCGUUUCCUGCCUUACUCCCUUGGGGAGGCCCAAGCUUCCGUCCAUUGGGAUGUGGCUCAGCAGUCAUAGCUGUGGAGGUGGUGGGGGAAGCAUGCUCACAAUCCUCAGCUGCUGAUCACAAACCUUUGGCGCCAAACUGGCAGCUGGAGGCAGAGGGUGGAGGGAGAGAUCUCAGGCUUAGGAGAAGGAAGCCAAAUAGGGCUCUGCAGCUACCAGGACUGCUGGUCCCUCACCUGGUGCUGAAGAGCAAGGGCUGUCGUCUCAGUACUGGGGCUUUCCUGGCUCGCGUGGGCUUUGGGGGAGGGGCACAGGUGUGAAGAGAGGCACUAUGAGUGUGAGGAAGGAGCAGGUAGAAACAGGUGCAGUCAACAGACAUUGAGGGGUUAAACUGCUUAGGCUUGAACAAGGAGAAAAGGACUCCAGGAUGGCUGAUGGACAGUAACAGUACUGGAUGUUAACAGUAGCCUAAUCAUGGAGCCACCAUGGGUGGGGUGGGAGUGGGGCAUGAUAUCACCAGGUGGUGUGAAAUGGAGGGAUGUGGGCUUCUGGACUACAAGAAGAGGAACAGGAAUGCGGCCCUGACCUCCUACAACCCACAGCCGAGAAGGUGAGCUCCCUGGGCAAGGACUGGCACAAGUUCUGUCUCAAAUGCGAGCGCUGCAACAAGACACUGACCCCGGGGGGCCACGCUGAGCAUGAUGGGAAGCCCUUCUGCCACAAGCCCUGCUAUGCCACACUGUUUGGACCCAAAGGCGUGAAUAUAGGGGGCGCUGGUUCCUACAUCUAUGAGAAGCCCCUGGCUGAGGGCCCUCAGGUCACUGGCCCCAUCGAGGUCCCUGUGGUGCGAACAGAGGAGAGGAAGACGAGCGGACCGCCCAAAGGUCCCAGCAAAGCCUCUAGUGUCACUACAUUCACGGGGGAACCCAACAUGUGUCCUCGAUGCAACAAGAGGGUGUACUUUGCCGAGAAGGUGACCUCUCUGGGCAAGGAUUGGCACCGGCCCUGCUUGCGCUGUGAGCGCUGCUCCGAGACGCUGACUCCCGGCGGGCAUGCCGAGCAUGACGGCCAGCCCUACUGCCACAAGCCUUGCUAUGGAAUUCUCUUUGGACCCAAGGGAGUGAAUACCGGUGCUGUGGGCAGCUAUAUCUAUGACAAGGACCCUGAAGGCACAGUUCAGCCUUAGAUCUGCACAUGCUGUCCUCAGGAUCCCUUACUUGGCCCUGAGGGAAAGUGACCUGCUGCCUAGUCCUGCCUCAGUGUGUCUUGCCUGCAAACCCCAGGGCCUAAGUGGUGGAGGAGGAAGCCUCCUGGGUAGUCUCCAGAAUAGCCCAGAAUUUCAGCCCUA